AUGAAGAUUCUAAUUCCAGGUCUGAUUUUGAUUUGUGUGCUGAUCUCACAGAGUUCAGCUGAACUUUUCGGUAUAACCAUCAGGGGGAAAGUUUUAUGCGAAAAAAAGCCAGUCGAAAUAGAACUCAAGCUUCAUGAAUUUGAUACAGGUUGGCUAGAUUGAGGUUAUAUCCAGGCCUAAUCCAAAAAAAUAUCCAGUCAUCGAUGACUCUCUCGAUUUUACAAUUUCAAAUUCCAAAGGUGAAUUUGAAGUUUCUGGAAAUGAAGAUGAAAUCGGCGAAUUGGAUCCAUUUAUAGAAAUUAGUCAUAAUUGCACACAAAAACCCGGGUGUUAUCAGAGAAGCCGAUUUUAUUAUAAAACCAGUGAGACGAAUAAACUGCUGGAAAAUGAAGUGCUGAAUUUGGAAGAUCGCAAAUUCAAUUUUUGGGGACCGAUUUGUGAUUGA